AACUACCAACCCUUGCAAUUACAUACUAGUAGACGCAAGCCAGAUGGGUUUGCAGAUCUAACACGUCUCCAUACACUAUCAGAAACACAUUUAAUUGAAGAUUCCUACACUAUCUACCUACCAUUUACGCUUCCUAUACUAUCUCCGUCUUUGAUAUUAAGCGCCUCCCAUCUUCCACCACCACCUUCUUUCUUUCACUUCCAAUAAAUGAAAAAACUACUCUCUUCUUACCCUCAAUUAUUGCUCAAGAAAUGAAUAUGGCAGGCACAUCAAGAUGACAAGAUCAUUGUCUUCUUUUCAGCUCUGCUUGGCUCAUUGAAGUGAGAGAAAUUCUGCUAACUUGCUGUUCUGGGUUUUCUCUGUUUAUCUCUCUUCUUUCUCGAUUUUCGGAGAAUCUCACAUCCCUGUAUUCUUGCCGUACCCGUGAACGUGAACAAAGCGUCAGCAUUUUUAAUUCUCUUUGUGUAAUUCAAAAGCUAGCUUAGCUAUACCAUUACCAGCUUUCAACUUAUAAAUUUCCAUUGUCACUCUAAAAGAAUAUAGUUCGGUGUGUUUCUUGUGGUUUUGCGAAAUGGGAAAUUGUCAAGCUGCAGAGGCAGCGACCGUGGUGAUUCAACACCCAGGAAACAAGAUUGAAAGGAUUUACUGGUCUGUUAGCGCUCAUGAGAUCAUGAAUUCUAAUCCUGGCCACUAUGUGGCUCUAGUCGUGACAUCUCCAACGAUGAGGACAGAAAAUGGGUUGCCAUUGAAGCAACUCAAGCUUCUUCGACCUGAUGACACUCUGCUUAUUGGGCAGGUUUAUCGACUAAUCAGUUUUGAAGAUGUGUUGAAAGAGUUUGCUUCGAAGAAGUGUGUUAAACUGGGAAAGCUACUGAAAGACAGAAGAGGGCUUGGAGAUGCAACAGAAAUGAAGAAGAAAGACUCUGGCGGGCUAAGUUUGAAUCCAAAUCCGAAUCCGAACCCCAUUUCUAAAUCUGAGAACUGCAGCUCUGUUAAGGUGGGGCAGGAGGUUCACCGACCGGGAAGCAAUGGUGGCAGCACAAGCAGCAGCAGAGGAGCAGUGGGAAGGCAUCAUGGUGGUGGGGGGCAAUGGAAGCCAGCCUUGCAGAGCAUUUCAGAGAUUGGAACUUGAGAAACACCACAAACAGUGCCUCUUAUCGCACAGCAAGGCCAAGACCCUCCUUUCUUCCUCCGCUGUCAUUCUCUUGUCCUGAAUAAAAGCCAAAAAAAAAAAAACAUGCCCAUCCUUUCACUCUUUUCAACACUAUCAUAUUCUGCUCUUUUACUUUUUAGAACAUGCACAUCAUAUUAGCUUCCACCAGACUUAGCUAUAUGUAACGCAUUUGGGCAUAUAAAAGAUAAUUAACCCAUUUGCUUAAUUAAAUGUAAUUAAUUAAUAUAAUAACCACUUGCUUUGCCUAGCUA